AUGUCCUACACCAGCGACUGGUAUCAGCCAGCCGAGACUACACCUCACAAAUGCACACUCAUGGCUUAUCCCAACAAUACUUGUGUCACUGGUGGAGACCUACUGCUGGCGGCCCAGAAGGAAGUUGUGUCCAUCGCCAACGCCAUUGCCGAGUUUGAACCUGUCACCCUCUUUGCCAGCCCAGACACCCUCGACGAAGCCAAGGCUCUGGCAGGCAAGGGUGUCUCUGUCGUGCGCGAGCCCAAGACGAGUCACCUGUGGCUUCGGGAUUUUGGUCCCAUAUUUGUCAAGUCGCGGGACGAAAAGACUGUCCGUGGUGUGAACUUCAACUUCAACUACUGGGGCGGCAAACGCGGACCAUCCGGAGAUGAGGCUAUAGCGCCUAUUGCGGCUCAGCAGAUGACGGGCGCUGAGCCCUUGACUGUGAAGCUCGUUGCCGAGGGUGGUGGAAUGGAUAUUGAUGGGGAGGGUACUUUCAUGGCGGCUGAGAGUGCGGUGCUCAACGAGAACCGUAACCCCGGCCGAAGCAGGGAACAGGUCGAGGCCGAGCUUAAGCGUGUUCUCGGUGUCAAGAAGUUUCUUUGGCUCUCAGGAGAGACCGAUAAGGACACUACGGACUGCCACGUCGAUGCUCUUGCUCGAUUCGUUGGCUCGGGCAAGGUUGUCCUCAGCAAACCUUCACCAACAAACCCUGGACGAUACGUCGAGGCGUACAACGACGCCAAGGCGAAGCUCACUGGUGCUACCGAUGCCAAGGGUAGACCCAUCGAGCUCAUUGACUGCGUGGAGCCGGACUUGGGGAAGCUCGAGAACGUGGUCGAGGGGGACAUCAUCGCCUCGUACGUCAACUUUCUUCCCGUCAACGGGGGUCUGAUCAUUCCCAAGUUUGGCCAUGAUGAGAGAGAUGCGGAGGCCUUGGAGCUGUUUCAGAAGCUAUAUCCGGACCGUAAGGUGGUACAGGUGUAUAUCAACGCUCUUCCCAUUAUUGGUGGUGGCAUCCAUUGUGCGACACAACAGGUGCCUGCGGUGAACUAG